UUUGACGUGAACUUACGAUCAACUUAACCAAAAUAUCUAAGCUUUUUAUGCGAUGUGAAUAUCAAUACCCGUGUGAAACGAUAGACGAGUGCGAACCAAUUUAAAUACAAUAGUUUAGAAAUGUGUUGUGUGAUUUGAAACCCGUGAAUUCGACAUCCUGGAUCCCGCAACCUACAGGAAUUCUUUAGGAUUUUGAUAAAAAUGAAAGAAAAGAACUGCUAUAUAGUGUAAGCGCCUACGCGCUUGAAAUGUUUAUAGAGCGAUGGCGGAGUUUCUGCCCCUGUGCGACGUUCUGUUUAAUGUGAUCUCGCUAGCGGGGUAUUUCUGCGACGUCGUAUUUGAUGUAGUGAUGGGAUACGCUUUACUAGAACGCGGGUAUAAAGGGUCAUUUGCAGCAGCCAUAUCGAUUAUCAUCACAUCUCUACUCAUCUCACAGGUGCUGUCCCUAAGAUGGUAUCUUCACGUGUGGUAUGCGAGCGAAGGGCGCAAGGACCGCCCUCCGUGGCUGCCCAUAGUGCUCCAUUGCUUACAACUCGGAGUGUUAUGGCGGUAUGCGAGGCUGUUGGUGCCUGUGGAGUUACAUCGGGUGAAACACCAAGUUAGGGAUCUCUGCAUGCUUAGAUUAGUGCAUGCGUUUUGCGAAGCUGCGCCGAUGUUGCUUCUGCAGUUACACAUCUUGUUGAAAGAGCCGGCGCGGGAGCCCCCCAGCGAGUUGGGGGUCGCGCCCGAGCCCAGCAUCGAUGAACCGGCCGCCAACAAAGCGUUCGCGGAACUAAACGUGAUAUCCGCCUCGCUGUCGAUGUUCUCCGUGUGCUGGGCGCUGGCCAGCUUCAGCAAGAACGUGCGCCUGCAGAAUGUACACCGGCUGGUUUUGACCUGGCUCGGGGUGAUAUUUCAAUUCCUUUGGCGUCUGGGUACGAUAUCAGCAAGGAUUUGCGCCCUCACUGUUUACGCUCUAGUCUACGAAUACUGGGUUUUUCUGGUUAUAGGUCUCCACUGGGUAUCAAUGUUCCUGUGGCUGGUGUCUCCUAAGAGCGUGUUCCACGGCGAGAGGAUCAGCCGCGCGCGCAAGCUGUGGCUGUCCGCGCUCAUCGCCUGCGUCUACGUGUUCGCGUACGUCAAUCUGCAGGAGCGGCAACACCGCACGAAGAUGGUGACGUUCUACGUGGUGAUGUGCGUGGAGAACGCGCUGCUGCUGGCGGCGUGCUGCGCGGCGCGGCGCUGCCCGCCGGCGCGCGCGCUGGCCGCCGCCGCCGCCUUCGGCGCGGGGCUGCUGUGCAUGCUGCUCUACUACAGAUAUUUCCAUGUGCGGAGACUUGGCUACAUGCUGGGAGAACAACAGGGCACAAACAGCACGAAUGCUUCGUCUCAAAACAAAAAUGGCAAACCAUCGCAAACCGAUAACACAGCUAUACCGGGAGUAUUCAACUGCCGAUUCUCAAACCCAGUUAGUAACAGCGCGGCGCUGGGCCGCAAGAAGAAGAAGCCGACGUCGUUCGUGCCGCCGCCCGCCGCCGCCUUCUGGCGCCGCCCGCUGCCCGCCGCGCACCACCACCACGGAGGUUCUUCAGAGAACGAGGGCUCAUCAGUGGGCUCCCGCGUCAACAUCCAGCAGAAACUCCAGGAGAAGAAGCAGAAGCAACUCGCGGAACUGAGAGUCAUCGAGGAAGAAAUCAAACAGGGUAAACUAGCCAAAACCACGCCAGUAGCGGCCGAAGAGAUCUACAGCAGCCUCCAAAGACAGCCCAUACCGCGGGCGAAAACACACGCGGAGCCGCCGGCGUGGCCUAGUAUAGAAAUCACGCACUCCUACCAAAACUACCCAGUCAUACCCCACACAUGCAAUAUCUACCCAACUUAUACAGAAAUCAAACCCGAAUACGGCGUACAAAAUUUCCCCCCCGAAGAUAAUACUACCGAAUUAAAUGAUCUUAAGAUCCGAAGAUUGCCGAACAGAUACGACAACGCCCGAACGUUUUACGAAAACCCGACUAAUGUGAGAAGUGACGUCACAAGGACACCUAUUCGGUCACCGAACUAUUUAGCUAUAGGUGAAACUAGAAGUUAUGACGCGAACGGUUGUGGUAGCCCGCGGAAUGUAAUAAAUAAUAGUCCUAAAAAUUACGCUCCCGAAGUCUCUAAUGACUACGAAGCGGGUAUAGAUAAGCCUAGAUUAGUCCAGAGUAAUAUGUAUACGGAAGAGAGUAGAAAUAUAGAGUAUGGUUAUUGCGAGAACGGGCAGGGUUAUUCUGGGAAGGAUGACUAUUCAGCUUUGCAUAGUGCGUUGGCGAAUGUUCAGAGUAUAGAGAAUAUAAGGAGUACGUAUGAGUGCGGGCAGUAUGGUCAGAAUUGCGAUAGGUUUCCCUACCAGCUGGGGAAGAAGGACCGCAAGAUGCAAAGGUGUCGGACGCCGGAGAUUCUGUUGGCGCCGCAUUAUUUGGAAGGCUGCAGUCGGCAAGUCUGCUGCCAUUGGGGAGCGCCUUACACGAACAGAAAAAAAGAAGACAUGCCAGGGUGUGCAGGCGUGGCGGCCGUGCACAGCAGCGGGGAGGAGUCUCCUCUCGCGCUGAGGGACACUCCGCGACCGCCCAGCGACAUCGAUAGCCAGAUAUCUUUGCCACGGUCGUACACUUUACCGCGAGAGUUCCGCUACUGGCGGCGCCGGCCGAGACUACGAGACACCCAUGUACCUAGCAAUAACAGCAGCGAUGGCGACGUAGACAGCGCAGACAACGACAGCGACCACCGCUCAAACUGUUCAGCGGCUUCUCAGCUGCAAAGCCCUACGUACUCCUUCCAGUACGCACAUAGGCCUGAUAUGGUACCACGGGAAGAGUCGAGAUACAGUGAGGUGUACGCUUGUCCGGACCGAAGGAGGCGAGGAAGAGCUAAGCAAGGGCCUAAACCUGAGACUAAGUUGUAAAAUACGACUUGUUUAAUGGCUGCUAUGCGUACAAUUAGUACUUACGCAACUUCAGUCCUUCAUUUUCUCUCCAGCCCCCGUAGCACGCGCGACGUCGCCAUACUAUCGCUGUUUCGCUUUUUAAAUGACGUGAAACGGGACAGCGAUAGAUUUUCGUGUUACAAAAACGGCGUCGCGCGUGCCAUACUACUGAGGCAGCACGCACACAAACCUAAUAUGGCCUGAUGCCUUUACUGAGAAUGAAAAAUGCACUGUAAAUCUUAGUUGUUCCACGAUGGGGACUAGUGAGAUAGACGGGAAUCACCUUGACAUAAUAUUAUGGUUAAUAGGUACCAAUUCAAAUACCUAUCUGAUAAGAUGCAUUAUCCUCUCGCAAGAACUUAUUUUUAUUGUAAAUUAUAGAUAAGUUAAAACAAUUAUACGUAUUCCGUCCAAAUAAGAAAUACUUAAAUUGGAUCUCUGUUUUUUAGAUAAGUUUAAUGCAAAAAUGUAUAAUAAGAAUUGAUAUAUAAGUGAUCAUGUAAAUGAUUUGUAUUUAACUGUAUCAUAGUGUAAACAUUUAAUACAUAAGGAAAAGGAGAUCGUAAAUAAAACAGACAUAUCAAACUUUUAUUUAUUUAUUAUCUAUAUUCCAAUUGUAAAAGGGGGGGUACCAGUCACUCUAUCAUUCCGUGUCACUACUCCGCUACUGAUCUCAACCAUUUACACAUUUAUAAAGAAAAACGUCAACCGAAAUAGGUUAAAAUUCACAAAUACACAUUUAAUGUUGAUUAAUCCUAGCUUACAACUAGGGGUUCGGAUGCGGCGAGAGAUUCUUAUUCACCGACAAAAUUAAAAAGGAACGUUACUGACAGGCCUAUUCGAUAUCAUCGGACAGGGAUGUCGUCCACAACGCGGCAGUCGAUUAGAGAUCAUCGAAUAUAGACAGGCGUCUCUAAUGUCUCGCGCGUUGCGGGUCAAGUCUCGCCGCACCCGUACCCAGUAACCUAUAGUGUUAGCUCAACCACGGACUUAGCGACGAUUUCGGCCACAAGUUACAAAAACAAACGCUGUGAAGCACCUAACGUAAAAUAAACAGAAGACAACAACUACCGUA